AUGUCCUACGGAGGCGGAUACGGUGGCGGUUAUGGUGGUGGUGGAUACGGCGGGGGUGGGGGCUAUGGAGGCCAAUACAGCGGCGAACCAGGCGGAUUCGCGCCUCAACGCCCGCCGCAGGGUCCUCCUCCUGGUGCGGACCCUCAGCUGUGGCAGUGGUUCAUCUCGGUCGACGCUGACCAUUCGGGGCAGAUCAGCGUGCACGAGCUCCAGAAGGCGUUGAUCAACGGCGAUUGGUCGCCGUUCGAUCUUGACACUGUUAAGAUGUUGAUGACAAUGUUUGACUCUGACCGGAGUGGUACGAUUGGCUUCAACGAGUUUUCCGGCCUGUGGAAGUACAUCAAGGACUGGCAAAACGUCUACCGACACUUCGACCGGGACCACUCCGGCUCGAUCGACGUGCGCGAACUGCGCGAUGCGCUCACGCAGUUUGGGUACAACCUCUCGCCGCAGCUGCUCCAGCUCGUCGAGCGCAAGUACGGACCCGGCGUGGGCAAGUCAGGCUCCGCGGGAACGGAUGGGCCGCCGGGGAUCACGUUCGACCGCUUCGUGCGCGCGUGCGUCGCGGUGAAGCAGCUCACGGAGUCGUUCCAGCGCCUCGACACGGACCGCGAUGGGUGGAUACAGAUCAAUUAUGAGCAGUUCAUGAAGACGAUACUGAGCUUGCCGUAG